AUGCGAUACCCGGAAAUUCUGGCGCACAAGUGUGUCCGUCUGCGCGACUGCUUCCGUUUCCACUAUGGCGCGACGGAUACGCUCGAAUCCGGCGACGCGUACACGCGCACGGUCAACUCGCUGGGAAGGUUACCACAGGACCGCCCCCAAGUGUAUUGGCCUGAAGGCUCUACCGGUAUCCUCACGAACCACCCCUUCCGAUUCAAUCCGUUCCAUGAUGCGGACUCAGAGGCACGACAACCGGCAAAGGCUAUGCGCCAGCUCGUCUCUGCGCUCGGGUUAGACCCGGCCAGGGCGACAUUCGAUGUCCUGGAAUGGCACCAUAUGCGGGGUUGGGACCCCGCGAAGCAGAGGAUCCCAGAAUGGCGGCGCGCAGACGAACAAGCCAUGGCCCAAGUGCGGGCGUCCCUCGCGUCUGUACAGGCUGUCCGAGUUGGAACGUCGCGCCUGUGGUGCUGUUCACUCUGCCCGACAUUCGAUGCUGUCGCGACGCUCAUGGUACCCCACCUCAAGGAGAGACACAGUAUCGAUGACCCUGAGGCGGCGAGUCGUGAUGGGACCAUCUUCUUGCAUCCGUCUGAGGUGGAGCCUCCACUGUAUCUGAACCGCAUCUCCCUCCGCGACUUCGUCGAGAUUCCCCAAGGCAGCGUCGAGAAAUAA